CCCAGCUAAAUGCUGACUAACCACUGGCCCGCCCAUCACGGCUUCAUGCUCAACAGCCGCCAACCACUGGCUGCGCUUUUCCAACUCCCCAUCAUCCGUCCAUCAAUCACCGUCAGUUAAAUUACUCCUUGCGCAUUCAUUGAGUAAGAUGCUUUAGUGGGCUUGCAUUUCUCCGUGUCGCUUGCCGCUGGCACUGUGCUUCCAUAAUCCAUGGGCCCCGAGUUGUCCGCUUGGCUCUGAUUGAUAGCUGGCAAGCUGACCACCGGCACCGGCCUCCACCUCCACCUUCCACUUUUCCUGCCAAUUUCCUGCGUCCUCUCCAUGAGUCUGACGAACCCGCCUUCGUCUGGUCCCUUAACUGCAACCUCCAGGCCCGUAGCGGCCGCCGUCAGCCAGAAUCUGUCUUUAAAAAGGAGUCUGCAGCAGACUGCCGUUGAGGAAAAUAUCAAUUCCAGGAGACAGCCUGGGACUGGAUAUACCAGUAAGGUUCGCGUACGGGAUAGGUACCACAUUGUCGGUUUCAUCAGCAGUGGUACCUAUGGCCGAGUGUACAAGGCCCUUGGCAAAAAUGGCCAGAAAGGCGAAUUCGCCAUUAAAAAGUUCAAGCCGGACAAAGAAGGCGAAAUAAUCCAGUAUACAGGUCUUUCGCAGUCUGCAAUUCGAGAGAUGGCCCUGUGUUCUGAACUCGACCAUGCUAACGUAGUUCAAUUGGCCGAGAUCAUUUUGGAAGACAAAUGUAUAUUCAUGGUUUUCGAGUAUACUGAGCAUGAUUUGCUCCAGAUUAUCCAUCACCACACCCAACCGCAAAGACACCCAAUUCCAGCGGCCAUGGUGAGGUCGAUUCUUUUUCAGCUUCUCAACGGGUUACUAUAUCUCCAUACGAAUUGGGUUCUACACCGAGAUUUGAAACCAGCAAACAUCCUUGUAACAUCUGGCGGUGCUAUUCGCAUCGGGGAUUUAGGGCUCGCGCGACUGUUCUACAAGCCUCUAAAUUCGCUAUUCUCUGGUGAUAAGGUGGUCGUUACCAUCUGGUAUCGUGCCCCAGAACUUCUCAUGGGCAGCCGGCACUAUACCCCUGCCGUGGAUCUAUGGGCCGUUGGAUGUAUAUUUGCUGAAUUGCUCUCCCUCCGCCCCAUAUUCAAAGGAGAGGAAGCCAAGAUGGACAGCAAGAAGACGGUUCCGUUCCAGCGCAAUCAAAUGAUGAAAAUCAUUGAUAUCAUGGGCCUACCACACAAAGAUAACUGGCCGGGAAUUGUAUCAAUGCCUGAAUACUCCCAGCUCCAGUCUCUGACCAUGUCUCGCGCUCCGAAUCAUAUCAGCAGGACUUCAAAUCUGCAAAGCUGGUAUCAGAACUGCCUGAAGAAUGGUGGCUAUUCUGCCACGUCUAGUGUCGGCACACCCGGCGAUGAUGGCUUUGAUCUACUUUCGCGGCUACUCGAUUAUGACCCAACCAGACGAAUCACAGCAGCUGAAGCUCUGGAACAUCCUUAUUUUACAAAUGGAGGGCCGAUCCCAGCAAACUGUUUUGAUGGAUCCGAAGGCAAAUAUCCCCACCGUCGUGUUACCCAAGACGACAACGAUAUUAGAACCGGAAGUCUCCCUGGAACCAAGCGGAGUGGUUUACCCGAUGAUAGCUUGAUGGGCCGGGCUUCGAAGCGGUUGAAAGAGUGAUCGAGUACUAGAACAUGGGCACAUUUUUUUUUUUUUUUU